GUCAGUGUACGCCCCCUCUGAUAGUCAAGAAACAUGGCGUUACGGGAGCUAUCGUCGUUGGAGAAAUACUUAGGACUGAAAAAGCCGAACAAAUACAGUACACAGGGAGAUAAAAAGGUACCUGUGUUACAAAAUAAUAAUGGUCCUCCACUAGUGGGUCUGGUGACCAUUGCCUGCCAUCUGGUGAAAGAGGCCAACCGUCCAGAGCUUCUGGGUGACUCUGCAGAGAGCAGGGCUGUGGUGCAGCAGUGGCUGGAGUACACAGUCACUAAGCUGAACAGCUGCACAAAGGAAGACAUCAAGACCAUCCUGAAGGACCUCAACCUCUACCUGCAGGACAAGGUCUACCUGGCCGGCAACCAGUUCACCUUAGCAGAUACCUUCAUGUACUUUGGACUCCAUCCAAUCAUAAUGGACUUGGCCUUUCAGGAGAAGGAGCAGUUUGUGAAUGUGACGCGGUGGUUUGACCACAUUCAGCACUACCCGGGGGUCCGACACCACCUCUCUCCUGUAGUUGUGCUCAGAAACAGAAUAUACACCAGCAGACAUCACUGAGACCCAACCCAACCCAGCCUGACUCCUCAGAACGUCUUCUGCCUUUUAACCUGGGCAAAUUAACCCCUAGUCUCCAGGAGUGUAUCACCUCAUCAUCAUCAUCAUCUUCAUUGUCAUCAAUGUCAUAAGUUGUGGAUGUUUUCACACAGUCAGUUCUAUCCAUGAUUUCCUGUUAUUCCUACUUUUUUUUUUACAUAAUUCCUGCCUUCAUUAUUUUUCUUGUUUGCUCACAUAUCUGAACUCUGUUUGCUCAAACCAUUCACUGUUUGAGGUACUGAAACGUUAUUAAGGGAAGUCUUGCCAACAAAAAUCUAGUCAGUUUGUGUUCUUAUAUAAUGUAACUGUUAUUAAUAAUUAUUGCUCAGUAUCAGAGGCUGACUUCGACAAGGGCUGGGAGUGGAAGCCAGCUAACCUGUCAGUCAUUCAGUAAUGAGAAUCCUUAUAGGUUUGGUGUCUUCUUAACCCUUACACUGUAACUCAAUGGCAAUGAUUUGAGACAGUUAAACUGUUUUUUAUCUGCAAUCUUUGUAGGACUUGAAGUUCUUUUCAGAGGGUGAAAUGAAAAGCAAAAUGCUGCUAGCUUGAUAUUUAUCAGUCAUACUUUAAUUAGAGCCUUUUGUAUGCAAUGACAAGUAUUGCAGGUUCAAAGAAGACUUAAGAUGUUACAUAACCUUAGGAAAAACUGUUUCCUUCAUGCCCUAGCAGUGCAUUUACUCAAAAAAAAAAAACAUUCACUGCUCAGUCCUCGUUGUUCAUCCACUUGUGAUCUCUCUGCCCUGAUGAAUCUCAUGCUUUGGUUUCUGCUCUCCUCCCUGUCAGGGCUGUGGUGUUUGUGUUUUGUAAGGAUUUUAUGUCUUCCACAUUCAACUUCCAGCCAUUUCACUGGACAGUUUAGUUUCCCUGUGUGUUCCUGAUUACAUCCCCGCACGCUGUCCCACUUCCUCACCACCAGUCAUGUGGGCAGCAAUGGGCACUUGAGCGUCAGCCCCAGAGUCGGAGAUCAGAGUGAGGCUCCAAUCAGUCCAACUACCACCAUUGUUGAUGCUGCAGGCCAGAGAGAGGGCAGCAGGCUCACCAGCUGCCACACAGAUCCAGCCAACCCAGGCCCCUGGGCAACAGUCAGCCACUGUGUGUCAUUUCAGCCCUCACACUCCCACAGGGCUAAUGGAGAGAGAACGAUGAGGGGAGGGAAGGAAGGAGGUCACGGAGAGAGAAAAAGAGCACCCAGAGGCCAAGGGAUUGCUCUGUGACGUGAACGGUGAUCCGUGCCUCUGAAAGCCUUGCUGCUGUUGGCUAGAUGUUUGCUGUUAGCACCAGUAACAGGCCAAGUCGUGGCAGCGGUGGCUGAACCUAUACAAUAAGACUAUGAAGGUACUGAUAAAUAUACACAGCUGGAAAAUGAGGAUGUUAGUCUUUCGAUUGUUUGUUGCAUAGACACUUGCAGAGUGAAACCUUUCAGCACAUUUUGGGACAGUUCAUGACAAAAACUUCACAUAGUCUAAUGUUCUAAGAUUCCUUCCUACCUUCUGUUUUAAUGCUCCCAUUUCAGCCAUGUUUUUAAGUUCUUCCAGCCUAACAGGCUUUACAUAUCUUUGUGUCUGUGAUCACUUAUCAGAUGUAAGCACGAUGUUCAUCCUGUAGUAAUAAAUCAGAGAUGCACAGCACACGACCCCUGGCUUCCGUUCUCAUUUUCCAGUGUGUACUUUUUUGUGUUUUCUAAAAAUUCAUUUUGCAUAAACCAACCAGAAGACAGAGCUGAGUUCCAUAAGACAGCUGGCUUUGUGUUCUGGCAAGUUUUAUGAACGUUUGCUGUCAUUUGAGUGAGCUUUGUGACUCGUGGCAGCAUACGAUGUAGUCUUCCAUUAAAGAAGCUCUUGUCCUUUCA